AGUUGAAACACAUGCUGUUCUUAUUAGAGAACCCGAGAUCAUCUGAAUUUGAUGAUUUAAGACUAUUGAUAACCUGAUUUUCACUAGGAGAGUGUGAUACUAGUCAUGAUCGAAAUAGAUUAUAGAUGGCUAGGAGUUAUGACAACUGGGAAAGGCUGGUGACAGCCACCCUGAGAAGAGAAGAUCUCCGCCUCACCGCUCAGAGGACCCCAAGUGACCUUUCCUUGGCGUCAUUAUCACCAUUUUCCUCCUUCAAUCUAGCUUCUUCCUCUCGACAAGUUUCAUCUUUCAACUUAUCCAGGUUAUUGGUGGGGGAAUCAUUUUCAUACAAUCAAAUUCUCCAAGUGACAGAUUACUUGAGUGCAUCCAACCUCAUCAAGCAUGGCAACUCUGGGGAUCUCUUUUAUGGAGUUUUAAAAAGACGGAUUGGAGUUUUAAAAAGAGGGACUCAAGUUAUAGUCAAGAAAAUUGAUCUUUCAUCGGUCACCAAAGAAUCCCGUUUCAUAGCAGAACUGCAAGUUCUUGGGGAGGUUUCUCAUCAUCAUAGAUUUAUCCCUCUGAUUGGUCAUUGCUUGGAGAACGAAAAGAAGUUUCUGGUUUACAAGAAUAUGGCUAUCAAGGAUCUGUCAACUUCUUUGCCUCGGAAAAUCGAUUCAGGUAAUCUUAGACAAUUACCAUUGAUGGACUGGAUAACCAGGUUGAAGAUGGCAACUGAAGUUGCUGAGGGUUUAUGCUAUCUGCAUCAAUGUGUCCCUCCCCUUGUUCACAGCAACAUUCAAGCAAGUAGCAUACAUCUUGAUGACAAGUUUGAAGUGAGGUUAAGCCUUUUUGAGGUCUUUGCUGAAGAAAACAACAUGCGUCAGAAUGGUAUUUCCAGGGCAUUUGGACAAGGCAUUAUUGGUACAUCUAAAGAAAGUCAUACGUCAUGUUCCAAUGAUGUUUAUAACUUUGGAAAGGUCCUGCUAGAGCUAGUUACAGGAAAGCUGGGUUUAAGUGCCACAGAUGAUUCCACCACCAAUGGUUGGAUGGCAAAUGUACUGUCUUAUAUUCUCCCAGAUAAUGCUGAACUCAUUAUGAACAUCAUCGACUCAUCUUUAGUCAUGGCUAAGCAUGUCUUGGCCCAAGUAUGGGCAGUUUCUUUUAUUGCUAAGGCGUGUCUCAGUCCUGAAUCUUCUAAACGUCCCCAAAUGGCUCAGAUACUUUUGGCUUUAGAGCAUAUCAAAUCAUCAGGUUUCACUAGUAGAACCCCCAAGACUACUGGUAAUAAUGACUCAGUUGGAGUAGCUAUGGAGAUUGCAGAGACACUCUGGGGAUCUAAACUUGAAGGAAGGACAGGGCCGGCAACUGCUUAUACAGAAACUUUAGGAAGUGGUACUGCCUCAAGUAACCAUGGAAUCUCACAAGCUGGUGGCUCUGAGGAGACUUGUCCAAAUGGAGGGAUCUUUGCUCAUCCCAGUCUAACUACUUUCUCUUAUUCAGAACUUUUGGAAGCAACCAGACAUUUUGGAAGUGACCUGGCGGUUAGAGAGGUUGAAUUCGGGAGAGUAUACCAAGCCUGGCUUCCAGACAAAUCCUCGUCAAAGCAUGGCAAUGGAUCUCUAGUUGCUGUCAGAAAUAUGUCAUCUGAAUAUAUGCAGCUAUUAAAGUCUCGUAUACGCUCACUUGCUGUCAGAAACAUGUCCUCUGAAUACAUGAAGCAGCUAGUAAAGUCUCGUAUACACUCACUUGGAAAACUAUCUCAUCCUAACCUAGUCAAGUUCCUCGGAUACUGUGAGGAGAAAGAGCUCUUUGUUGUCCACGAAUUUAUGCAAAAUGGCAGCCUAGACAACCAUCUCUUUGCAGGGGGCUCUGAUGUUCAGCCACUUUCCUGGGACACAAGACUUAACAUUUUAAUUGGAGCAGCUCGAGGCCUAGCAUUCUUGCAUGCAACAGAGAAGCAAGGUUUUCGUGAAUAUUUCGGUACCUCAGAUAUCUUGCUUGAUGUUGAUUACAAUGUGAAGAUAUUGGGUGUUGGCCCUGCAAAGAUAGCCCCCUAUGAAGUACAUCCUAAUUUUUUCCGGAAUAGAAGAGAUGUUGAUCCUCCUCCUGGGAAUGUCUUUCCAGGUGCAGAUGCAGGGCUUAUGAAUGUGAAAAGCGAUGUGUAUGAUUUUGGUGUGGUAUUGGUUGCAAUGCUAACUGGUUUAUCUACAAAGAACAGACAUCGACUUAGUUGGGUGGAAAUCCAUCCAAUCACAUACUUUAUGAGUCUCGAAAGAAACAAAUUGGAGAAAAUUAUGGAUCCAAAGUUAGAAGGCAAAUAUCCUUUUAAACCUGCACAAAAAUUGGCUUUUCUUGCGUCCAUGUGUCUUCAACAUGAACCGCAAUUCAGGCCAUCAAUGAAAGAAGUUGUCGAGGAACUUGAACGUGUUGCAGCUGCUAAGGAGGAAGGAAAUAGAAGAGCCCUGAUAAAGCAGAAAGCACAUCAACAUAUCCAGCAACUUUAGCAGUCUUGAUAGUUCUAGGAUUCUAUCAAUGCUUUGAUGGAACCCAGCCGAUAAUAGCUUACUGUUGUUAUCUCUCUUAAAAAUUAACAGAUCCUUUCGUAUGUUUGUCCUGAUUAGCUAACUGAUGUCUUCUACAGCUUCCUGUUGCUUUGGCAAUCUAAGACUCAUUUGUCUGUAAAAGGUAACAGUGAUCAGAGCUUUAUAGUCCUUUGAUUAAGAAUCA